AUGAGACAUCAUAAGGUGCCAGGUGGUAUGAAACGGCGUGUGCUGCGAUGGUACGAUUACUCUUGGUCCCGGGGUCGGAUUCAAGGGGGCGGGGACAUAAAUACAGCCUUGGGCUUGCUCCCGGAUAAACUGAAGACAGAACUUGCUUUGCACGUCAAUUUGAGUGUUCUGAAGAAGGUAACAAUAUUCCAAGAGUGCCAACCAGAGUUCCUUCACGACCUCGUUUUAAAAAUGAAAGCAUACAUAUUCACUCCCGGAGAUUCCAUUUGUAGAAAAGGUGAAGUGGCUCGUGAAAUGUUUAUUAUAGCAGAUGGCAUAUUGGAAGUAAUAUCGGAACAAGGGAGAGUACUCACUACUAUGAAGGCAGGCGACUUCUUCGGAGAAAUUGGAAUACUAAACCUCGACGGAUUGAACAAACGAACUGCAGACGUCCGAUCAGUCGGCUAUUCCGAAUUAUUCUCCUUAUCUCGCGAAGAUGUUCUCGCAGCUAUGAAGGACUACCCCGAAGCCCAGGAAAUCCUACAAACCCUAGGAAGAAAACGCCUACAAGAAGCUAAAAAUAUGUCCAAAAAAUGCAAAGGACGCAAGCCCAGACCAGACGCUAAAACAAUAACGAAGAAUUUAAAAGGUGAAAUAAGUCCCGACAAGAUGUCUGGCGACGACAGUGCAUCUAAAAGGAUCGUACACAAGCUUCGGAGCGACGUUAAGGGCAUUCGCAAUGCAAUCCGAAGCAGAUCUCGCGCUGGACGUAGAUCUGGAGAGUCAUUAGAACUACAAGCGUUAGCUGGAGCUGAGAGGGCUGGCACUGCAGAAGGAAAGGUUCUAAGAAGAAUGCCAAGAGUCGAAAGUGAUGAUUCGGCUCAUCCGCAUAAUCAAGAUGAUAACAAUGGAGAAACAACAUCUGGUAGCAAAGAUGGUGAGAAAUGUAUAUCACCAAUAGGAGCCGGUCUUCCAUUACUAUCACGAUUAAAACUACUUAAAGAAAAACAGGAUCGUGAAGAAAAAGUAGCCAAACAAAGGCAUUCUACCUCUUCAGUUUUAUCUUUGACACCACAACCAACUCCUUCGACUAGUUCAGCACCAGAUGCUGAACCAGAAGUUAUUGGAGCUGGUCUUCCUUUGAUACAAAGAUUGCUCUUACUUAAAGCAAAAGAGGAAAGAGACAAGAACCAACUCACUCCCACUAUGAGCAAUCAGCCCUCCAGUUCCGACACGAUUAGCCCCACUUCUAUCAAAAGUCCAUUGAGUCCCACAAUAAAGACUCUUAGUCCAAUCAGAAAAGGUUCAGAAUCCAGCUCCCCGGGCAAACUUCAAAGCCCAACCACGAAAACAUCCAGGAAAAAUUCGUCUGGAUCAAGUGAUGGAACAUCUCGUCCCAAAGUUAGUUUUAGAGACAAAAUAUUACAAGUUCAGAGUGAUGGUACAGCUGUAUGUCAACCACUAAAUAAAGAUACCAGUGAAAAGCCUGCUGCGGUCGUAGAACCUACACCAAAAACAGAAAGCAACUUAAUUUCAAUACCGCACUCCGUUGUCAGUAAAAUUAAAUCCCCAGCAAAAGCUGUAGGUACUACGUUCCGAGAUAAAUUGAAAUUAUUACAAAGUGGACCAAAGGACACUGAUAAUGCAUCAACAGAAAAGGCUAAAUCAGCUUCAUUAGAAAAAGCUCCAGUAGAGAUAAGUCCGUUACCAACAACUGAGGCUAAAGAAGAACCAAAAAAUAAAAAGCCUUGGACUAAACUUAAGAAAGCAGCCAUACUAGGGGAAUCAAAAAGCCAAAGCAAAAGUAGUUUAGAUGAAAAGAAAGAUGAAAGUAUAAAUACGAGUAGUGAGAAAAAAGAUGAAGGUAUAGCGGAGGCAGUUGUAAAUAUAUGUGUGCCUAUAGUAACCACAGCGGAGCUUGUUAAAAUAGACAAUAAUAAUGUUGAAGUUGCUAGUGAUAAUGAUAAAGAUAAACCUAAGCUUUGCUUAACAGGCCCUUUGGAACCCGUCCAAGAGAAAUCAUUAGAUUUAUUAACUUUAUCUCCCAAGAAAAAUGUUAAUAAUGUUACAAAGCCAGCUGAAACUAAGACACAUAUGUCACCGGGAAUGUUGUUACCCAAAGUUAAAAAAUAUAGGUCAAUAGAUGAUUUAUCGCCAGAGUACGGCGGACUACCGUUCGUCAAAAAGCUAAAAAUCUUAAAUGAACGACAGAAAUUAGCAGAACUAGAAAAAGUUGUGAAAAUUAGAAGUUCUAGUUUAGAUUGCACUAGUUCGUCUGAAGAUUUGCUUUGUGAUACGUUAACUAGAAGUCAUUCUGAAGGUAGCACUAUGGAUAAAAGAAAAUUCAAGCGGAAAUCUAUCGAUUCAUGUCGAAGUCAUGAGUCUAACGAAACUUUAGAACGAAGAGAAUUGAAGUCUAUUUUAAAGAAGCUAUCUGAAGAUGUCACUCCAGCUGAAAGUCCUGAGCGUAGUAAUGAGUUAAAGAGAUUAAUUCGUGCUCCGACUUUGGAAGGAUACGCGGCAAGACAUUCAAAGUUUGCUAAGAGUGUAACGUUCCAUCGUCACACAUUACCCUCGCCGCCUGGAAGUGCUCCGGCUGAUUAUCAAAAUGAUGAUGUUUUCACGAUGCCAGAAGUGAAUAUCAGUUCGAUGCCCCAAAUUUCUCCACCUCCCCCGCCCGAUGUUGAAGUUACGGUACCAGAAAUGCCCAACAAUCAAAUCGCAAGAUCAGCUGAACCCAAUGCGCCCACGGACUAUGGGCUGAACAUAAGGGCUGAGUACGAACUUCAACAGAAUAUUGAUCCAAUGAUAGACUUAAAAUCACUAAGACCUGAAGAAAUUAAAGUGCCUUCAGAGAAACCUAAGCUAACUUUAAUAUCAGCGGUCGCAAAUCAAAGAAAACUGUUGCGAGGUUUGUAUUCGUUAACAGGCUCCAUUGAGGAACAGGAAUAUUUUGGCGAAGUACUGUUAGGUAUCAAACAAGUUAUACAAGGCCACCUACAUGAUGUCCAGGGAAAAUUUCAGGAAAGGUUCAAUAGUUUAGAAAACGAGGUUCGUAAACGGGAUGAAAUAAUAAGUCAACUCCAAAAACGUAUCCAAGAGUUAGAAAAGUUAGGGCUCUCUGGUAUGAGCCCAACUGCACCACCAUCUGGAGAGGUGCCUUCAAUAGUUCCUGAGUCAGUAGAACCUACUUCUACCAGUCAGCCUAUAUCUAAGAGUGCUAGCUCGGGUAGUGAAGAUGCUUCAGCUGCCGAAGAAGGAUUUAUGAGGGGUGAUUCACUCGACACCGUUUUCGCAACAUCACCACCAACAGCAAGCGCUGACGAGGCAGAAAGAGACAGGUCACCAGAAAACGAAACUGCUGGCGCAAAAGAAACCCUGUCUCCCGACGACCUCACUGAAGAAAACCUUAGAGAACUAACAGAAGGAAUCGAACUAUCAAAGCUAAGUUACGCAGAACUACAAAACUUAGCCGUUUCACUAUCACGAACUGAUAAGACUUCUUCGAGUAGAGAGCAAUGGACUAUCAGCAAAUCGAAGAGAUUAGAUCUGAAUUUAGACGGCAAAGCUGGAACAUAUUCGAGAAAACGUGCAGCUAAAUUGAAGCAACGAAAGUCUUGGGAAGAUCAAAGUGACCAAGAGAGCAUGGAGAUGCAAGACUUGACGAGGCCCCUUUCUCCCCACACCACUUCAGAAGACCGGUCUCUCCUAAGCCCGGAACAGUCCAGCUUGCGCUCCAGUAGGAGACACUUCCAUUUCUUCGGAUCACACCUUGACAACACGAAGUCGAAGAUCAAAAAAACCUUGUCAGUGGACACUGGAAUGCAUCAUACUGGGAAGAAUGAAAGGAGCAUCUGUUAUUCAGAGGGCCGGCCGCGGCAGCAUCGGAAGUUCAGUUUGGGUUCCCUCUUCCACCGGACCCCAACUCAAAAGCCUACGAACAACUGCAACGAUGUCGUGCUCGAUAUGGGCAGUGACUACAGCUGGAGUGAUGCGGGAUCAACGUCGUCUAGCAGUGAUUCAGAAUCAUUACCUCGUACGCCGAUGUUUGAAGAGUUUGUAGAGAACAACUCAAGGAGAGGCCGAGCCAGCAGCUCUAGUCAUGGCAGCUCGUCACCUAUUAGAGCGUUACCUGGAAGUGGGGGUGACUGGGAGGUUAUGAUGCUGGCGGAUGAACUGGAGAAGAGGGAACGAGAAAAGGAGAGAGAAGAUGCUAGGAGACACCUAUACCCAACAACGCUAAGAGACUUGGAAGAGGAAUCAGACACCCCUCAGCGAGAUGACAGUCCGGACGAGUACUCGAACAUCGAAGACUCCAACUCCUCAUCCACCACCCACCUGCUCUCCCAGUCCAUCAGUGACGCGUCACAGCGGUCUUUGGAGACUUCCUUUACUGAACAAACCAGUAGAAUCGGGAGGGAGCCGAGGCAGAGACGUGUUGGGUCUGUGGGAGAGCCGGUACAACCCGACUCCUCCUUCCGCCAAUCGCGAGGUCUCAUCCUCCGAGCUGCGAGCUUGGACCGAGAGACCACCCCGACCACCUCCGCAGGCGCGCGCCGCUUCGGCUCCCUCAAGAGUGCCAGCACUGAUUCGCACAAGAGACUCUGA